CUCCGGACGGCACUGCGGAAAUGGAUUCGCCAUUGAGCGUCGGAGGCAGCGACCUUCGUCGUCAGAAUGAAGAGUUGCGGGCCCGCCUUGCCGGGGAGAGCGCUGACCACAAGCGACGGCUUGAGACUUAUAGAAGAGCUCAGCAAGGACAGGCAGCUUUAGUGUCUCGACUACAGGCUAAGGUUCUGCAAUACAAGCAAAGAUGUGCAGAACUCGAAAGUCAGAUGUUGGAGACGCCGCGCAGCGAUCCUCAGGCGAGUUACCGGUCUGCAAACGCACUACCAGCAGCCCCGGUCGAGCGCAAAGAGGAGAGGAUCGCGGACCUGGACACCGCGCUCAGGAAGAUCGAAGAAGAGAAACACAAAUGUGAGAAAUUGGUUUCUCAGAACAAUUUACUCAGGGAGCAGCUAGAGGAAUCCCACCAGCUCAACGAGGCUCUCACUAACGAUCUCCAGAAACUGACCAACGACUGGGAAACACUCCGGGAUGAGAUGGCUAUCAAGGAAGACGAGUGGAAGGAUGAAGAGCAGGCCUUCAAUGAUUACUACUCGAGUGAGCACAAUCGUCUUCUCAAUUUAUGGCGUGAGGUGGUGUCCGUGAAGCGUUUCUUCUCGGAGACUCAGAGCAACACCGAACGAGAACUCUUCAAAGUCAAGAGUGACAUAGACUCGGCCGCCAGAGAACUCGUCGGUACCUUGAGCGGUUUUGCUAUCACCGCUUAUGCUCAAGGAGCUAAACUGGAGCCCCUUCAGACCCAGCUACCACAACCCUCUUCACCUUCACCGCUGGAGAAUCUCCGUGUGGAGCUGCAUACCGCAACCUCACAGAGAGAUGCUGCACAGUCGGAGUUAAGAGAGAGAGAUUCCCGGAUACAGAGACUGCUGGAAGACCUGCAAGCUUUGGAGGAUCGCUGUGAGGCUCUCUCCAGUGCUGAUGAAGAGGUCCGCGUUCUGCGAGCCGCCCUCGAGGACGUGGCCAGGGCGCUCAUACAGGACUCGGACGAGAGAGGCGGAGUCGCAGAACAUCAUCGUCCCCGGUCCCCCGGCCGAGCCUCCGGAUGCAGCACGUUGUUCGCUGAGAGCGCCGUCAGCGCCCUGCACGCCGCGCUCAACAAAUACCAAAUACAGAUCCAUGACUUACAGGUUCGUCUCCAAAACGCCCGCGAGCAACUGUCGGCGUGUCGGAAAAGCUGCGAGGUCGGGGACACCACCAACUCGACCCUGGAGAAAAAAGUUCAGGACUUACAAGAGAAACUGGACCAAUCCAACUCGGAUCUAAACCAGCUGGUCCAGGAGAAGGAGUCCAUGCUGAAGACCAUCGAGGCUCUGAGAGCUGAUAAGAAUAACCUCGAAAGGAAUCGACUUGAAAUUAAUUCCAUGGUCGAAUCUCUCACAUCUGAUUACGAGAAACUCCAGAAGAUGAACACUCGCUUGGAGAAGAAUAUAGAAGUACUGUUGAAUGAGAAGAGGGAUUUGAAUUGUGAAGUGGAUCGCUUACAUAGAGAGGGAGCCAGCAGGGAGGCUGUGUUACGUGCUGAAGAGGAGCGCUCGGGUCGCCUCAGAUCUGAGCUGGUAUCUGUCCGUGAAGACCUGCACAAGGAGGCGCUGGCGAGGGAGCUGCUGGAACAGCAGAAGAUCGAGGGGGACGGACUGCUGCAACAGCUGGAGAAACAUAGGAGUGAGCUGGAGAUAGAAUUGGAGAGAACUCUGUUAGAGCGCAGUGACCUGCAGGACCUCACAGAGAAGUUGCAGACGAUUGUUAGAAGCCUGGAAGAUGAUAAGAAGAAACUUUUAGAAGAUCUCAAACAGAUGGAGACAGACAAGUCAUCUCUUCUAAAUCAAUCGUCAGAACAACAGAGCGACAUGAACUCUCUGCGCAAGGAGUUGCUGGCGGCUGAACAGAAUCGGAUGGAGGUGGAGGCUGAUAAAGCGAGUUUGCAGGAAAAGAUAAAGUUCCUGGAGGGAGAGAGAGAGAAAGUAGAGAUAGAAUUGAGACAGGUGAUGAGAGAACGCGGGGAACUGAGCUCGCAGCUGACGAGUAUGUCACGCAAGAAGGAGUCUCUCAAUGAGGAGAUGAUGAGACUCCAACAACGGCUGGAACAGGCGGGAGAGACCAUCGGCCGACUGAACAGGACUCUGGAUGACAGGGUCAAGAACGGGGAGGAGAAACAGAUUCUGAUCGACAGUUUAGACAAGGACAGGCAACACCUGCAGGAGCAGCUGGCUGGAGCUCGCUCGGAGAAGGACGCGCUGGAGGCAGCGCUGUUCGAGGCCAGCACAGCGCUGGAAGACGCCGACACGAGGAGAGAAGCCCUCACCGCUGCUAUGAACGAACAAGCGCUCCUCGUCGAGAACUAUAAAGGUCAAAUAGCCCGUCUAUCUAAAGACCUGGAAAAUAGCGAGAAGAAGCUUCGAGAAACACGUAACAGUAUGACGCAGUCCUCGGGGAAGAAGGAGGCGGAGUAUCAGACGGUCAUAGCCAACCUCAACAAGACCACCACAGACAACAUCACCAAACUCAAAGAGGAAAAGGAACAACUUCGUCAAUCACUGGAGCAAAAGCUCAGUCAGACCAUUGCGGCGUUGACGAGCGAGAAAGAAGCAUUUGAGGCUAGUGCGAGGGAAAGAGAGAAGAAACUCCUGCUAGCCAGGGACCAACUGAUACUGCAACAUGAUGAGGCCAUGCUGAGGGCAGAGAACGACAAACAACAGGCUCUACUGAUGGCGCACCAGGAACACCAGGCGUUGAUCGAACGUCUGGAAGAAGCGAAACGAAUUCUGUCAUGCGAACAGAACAAGCUGGAACGAGUCAAGAGAGACGCUCAGGCUAGGUUCGAACACGACAGGAACCAUAUCAACCAGCUGAAGGAUGACCUGUCAGCCUUGAAGACCAGACUAGAGGAAGCCAAAGCCGCAGCGGAAGACGAAUGUGUCCGUUAUGAGAACAGAAUUAAGGAGAUUCAUUUGGAGAAAGAAGGAGUUAACCGGGAACUUCAGGAAACUAAGGCGGCGCUCUCACUGGCGGAGGAUAAAUACGACGGGGCGUACGGACAACUGCAGGACACCUUGCGGAAAUUGAAGGACUUGGAAAAUGAAUCGGAAUGUCUUCGCAAGGAUUUGACGGAUGUGCGACGCCAACUGAGUCAAUGUAGCGCUGAAAGAGACAAAUAUAACAGCGCUUGUAGAGAGCUGAGAGAUCACGUGAAGAGAGCUGAACACGAGAGGAGGGAGGCUGCGAGGACCAGGGAUGAGGCGUACCAGAGAAUCACAAGUUUGGAAGAAAACCGCACAACCCUAGAGCUGGAACUGUCUCGCGUGCAGACCAUGUUGAAGGAGUCUGAGAGUGGCGGGGAACAGAGCGAGAGGGCGCUGAAGGCGGCAGAGACGCAGCUGAAGAGGGAGAGGGCCGCCCUGGAACAGGCGCAGCAUGACAUUAAGGAACUACAGUCCAGGCUUCAGAAUAGUAACGAGGAUCGGGAGCGUACCUCGUGCGAGGCGGGCGCCGCCCGACGUCAUGCCGCCGAGCUCGAGGCCACCCUGCAAUCCGUCCGCGGAGACCUGGCACACGCCAGGACACGAGCUGCGGGGCUGGAAGACGCGCUCAGGGACAGGGAACAGGAACUAGUGCUGCGCCUCGAAGACUGCAGGUCCAAGGAGCGCAGGUUGGAGGAGCUGAAACAUAACCUGGAGGUGUGUCUGGCGGACGCGACGCAGCAGAUACAGGAGUUGAAGACCCGCGUGGGCGCCAGUGAGGGUCGUUGCCGCGCGUUGGAGGCGUCUCUCUCUCAGAGCGAGUCCAGCCGGCGCGAGGUCGAGGCCAAGCUGUCCACGGUCGCUCACUGCUUGAAGAGAGUCUGCGGACUCCAGGCCGAUGGCAGCCUCCAGACGAGAAGACGCCUCGCCAGCCCCUCCAGGAAGUACAGCCCGCACAGAGGUCGCGAUCAUUCUGAGGAUAGAAAUGAAGUCAUAGACGUGGACCCGGAGAUGAUCAAGAAGGGAGUCAAGAAUCUGAUGCACGAAGUGUGUCAGAUCGAACGGGAGAGGGACGACUGUAAGGCUCAGCUGUCAGUUCUGAAGAAACAGCUGAAAGAAGCGACGGAGCAACAAGGGAAGGGCGAGGGAAAAGUGCAGGCACUGAACAACAAUCUGAGAGGAGUUCAGGAGGAGAAAGCCAGACUACAGGCGACGCUGGGCCAGAGAGAUGUUCAGAUAACGUCCUUGAACGAGGUCGUGCAGACGAAGACGGUUGAGGUCAGCAGUCUCCGCGACAAGAUCACCAGCUUAGAGGCGACGCUCGCAUCCCUCACGGAGGAAAAACUACACACCGGGAACAAGUCUGAAAGCCUCCGAGCGCAACUCGCGGAGAGAGUGCAAGAGGUCGCUCAGCUGCGGGAGGCUCUCACCGCCGCUGAAGCUCGUGCCUCCCGGCUGGACGUGCGUCGCGCUCAGUUGGAGGGAGACGUGCAGAGAGCCGGCGCCGCCGCCAGGGAGAGGGAAUCCGCACUCAAGAAACUACAAGAGCGCAUAGAUGGCUACACCCGCACCAUAGCUUCCUUGGAGGACAGGUGCACUUCCCUGAAGGGUACCGUGGAACAGCUCUCCACGGCGCUCCAGAAAGCAGCCACAGCGGAGUCUGAACUGAGAACAGAACUGGCCAGGACACAGCGACUGCUGAGCGACGCUAAGAACAAUGAAAAUAAUGUGACGGAUAAGAUGAGACAUAUGCAGAAGAGUAUUGCCAAUUGUGAGAACGAACGUCGCGUCCUGGCUGAGAAGCUUGAGAGUGCGAAGGCGGCUCUGGCUGAGAUGAAGAGAGUCAACUGCACGCUGGAAGACCAGGUGCAUAGACUGACGAACCAACUCAGCAACGUGGAAGCGCAGAGGGUCGAUCUAGAGUCUCAGUUGCGUAUGGCGGCGUGGGACGGCAAGGAGAGUCACGACGGAGAGUUGGAGAGAGAGUUGCAUUUAUUACAGAGGGAGAGAUCAGAGUUGAAGAGCAAGAACGACGCAUUACAGGACGCCGUCAGGAAACUAGAGGCGGAGAGAAGAAGACCCGCGCUCAGGAGCAAGAGUCAUGACAGAAACGACAAGAAUUACUUCUCAUCCGAUAUCGAUUCUGGCGCAGACUCUACCAAAGACGUUCUCCUGUAUAAGGAAGUCCCUUGCAAGGACAGGUCCUACAGCGAGCUGAGUCUCCUUGAAUUGGAGAACCGCGAGCUGAAGAUGAAGAUCAGGAGACUGGAGAAGGAACUCGCUGAUAAGGAGUCAGAGUUGUCAAUGGCUCGCAACAGAUAUUACUCGGAUCUGUCCUCAAACAACGUUCAAGACGCGGACCAGUACCGCCAGGCCGCGAUCCAGGCCGAGAGACUGUUGGAGGCGAGGGAGGCCAGCCACAGACAACAGAUCAUGAGGCUGGAGAACCAGCUGUCUCAGCUCCGAGCCCAGCUGUCGAGUGAGAUCCGUCGUCGUCAGGCGUACGUAGCUCGCAGCGGCCGAGCGGCCAGAGACGUCCAGAGACUCAGGACUGCACUAGGAGACUCACUGAGAACCGUCUCACAGGACCCCGCUCUGGACUCCUACAAACUGGAACAUGAAGCUCGCAAGCUGGACAACACUCUGACACAGAGCCUGCCACCUCUCAACGACAGUUAUGAGUCCUCCAAAUAAACAGACCCACAACAUACAACCGAUAUUUCAGAUAAUUUUCUACUUAUACUGCUAUAAAUGUGUUAAAAUUUUACAAAUUUAAUUCAAUGUAUCUAAAGUCUUUGUACAAUCAUUGAUAUCAAUUUUAUUAUUAAUAUUGGUGGAGCAUGACGCUGAUGAGAUUCAGAUAAGAUUGUGUUUUGGUUAUUUAAAUCCUUUAAAUGUCAUAUAGGUAGUAAAUUAUGGUCACUUUGUACAAGUGUAACUUCUACUCAUUAUAUGCAAGGUACAUGCACCAGUAGGUUGAAUUUUUAAUAUAUAGAUAUAUAAAAAUAAUGUUAGUCUAUCCAGCCCUUACUGUUCUACACUUUGUAGAAUGGCUUGAGAAUGACACUUGAGAUAUGUAGGUCAUGUUUACUUAAGUGUGCUCUGAAUGGUUUUGAAAAUUAAAAAAAAUUAAUCCCAGCAUAAAGGUAGGUAUCAUAUGAUUUUUAACUCCAAACAGUAAUUUUAAGUUUUGACAGCUGUUUUAUAAAAUAUUUACUACAUUUAUAUAUAUAUAUAUAUAUGGUCUUGCAUUGUGUUCCAUGAGACAUGUUAAUCGUGAUUCAAUGAUUCACAAGCCAAUGCUAAGGUCAAUUCGCGAGCCGGAAGUUCUCGGAAGCGAUAUAUUUUUAGGUGACUCAACUUGUCUCGUCAGUGAGAAUUUGUUUGAAUAUAAUCCAUAAUAGAUUUAUGUUACAGCGAAUAUUAUAAUGAAUCCGACAAAGUGUUAUUUAAUAGUUAUUUUUUUAAGUUAUUUUCAUCUCGAUAUCUACCAAAAAAUGGUACGUUUUAUCAGUAUUAUGAAGCAUCCCACUUGAUUCCACUCGUGUGUAGGCGGCCUUCGAUGACCCUACUGUCGACACCCUCCAAUAAAAACGAAUAAGGCAAAUUGGAUGUGGGCUGAAGAUUCAUAUAUAUAAUAACUUCGAAAUUUUAACCUCACGUUACACACAUGGUUGUUUUAAUUAGACCUGUCUCUAAUUUUCCUUGUAAUAAUCGAGAAGGAUAAAGCUGUUAGUGGAAUAUUUCAAUGACGCUUUAAAUUACGUUUAUUGGAAUAAUUUACGUUCAUAUAAUUAUGAUGCAAUCGUUAGUCAUUUAAAUAAUAUUUUAAGUAAUUUAAUAUAUAUCUUAUAUUAUCACUGUGAAUUGUAAAAGUGCUCGGAUUGAGUCGAGACCCCAAUAUUUUCGACUGAUAACAGCCGUAACAUCCAGUGCACUGAUAGCGUCAGUUCAGUCGCCGUCCGAUGUUUUUUAGACGAACUUUUACUAUAUAGAUUUAUCAAACACGCUUUAAGUUAACCUUAGUUUUAUUAGUUUUCGGGUGAUUCGUGUCCCGCUGAACUAGAUCUAUGUACGAGACCUUGUUUCACACGAGGGAUGCGUCUUAAAUAUCCUAUGUAACCCGACUCUUGAUUUGUAACAUUAUAAUUAGAACGCUUGUUUUAUACGUAGUCGUUAGAGGCGUAUUCUGUUCAUUACCAAUGGACUGUGUCAAUUCUUAUGUUACUAGAAUGUCGACAUACGCCCGCCACGUCACUGCCAUUAUUUUUAUCAAUGUACAACUAGACAUAUGUCAUGUUUGAGACACGUUUUAUGAAUAUUUUAUACACCAGACGAAUCAAUAAAAUAGUUGUAGAAUAA